AUGCCGAGGGAAAUCAUUACGCUGCAAGUGGGGCAAUGCGGGAAUCAAAUCGGGAUGGAGUUCUGGAAGCAGCUCUGCCUCGAGCACGGCAUCAGCAAAGAUGGCAUUCUCGAGGAUUUUGCCACUCAGGGAGGUGACAGAAAAGAUGUCUUCUUCUAUCAAGCAGAUGAUCAGCAUUAUAUACCACGAGCUUUACUUAUGGAUUUGGAACCUAGGGUGAUAAAUGGUAUACAGAACAGUGAAUACAGAAACCUCUACAAUCAUGAAAAUGUAUUUAUUGCGGAUCAUGGAGGGGGUGCUGGUAACAAUUGGGCAAGUGGAUACCAUCAGGGUCAACAAUAUGAGGAGGAUCUAAUUGACAUGAUCGAUAGAGAGGCAGAUGGCAGCGAUAGUCUCGAAGGUUUUGUUUUGUGCCACUCGAUUGCUGGAGGAACAGGCUCAGGCAUGGGAUCGUAUCUUUUGGAGACUCUGAAUGACCGAUAUAGCAAAAAACUUGUUCAGACUUACAGUGUGUUUCCCAAUCAAAACGAAACCAGUGAUGUCGUGGUCCAGCCAUACAACUCUCUUCUAACACUCAAACGUCUGACGCUGAAUGCUGAUUGCGUGGUUGUUCUUGAUAAUACUGCACUUAACAGAAUUGCUGUGGAGCGGCUUCACAUAACGACUCCCACUUUUGCCCAAACAAAUUCUCUUGUUUCUACUGUCAUGUCAGCAAGCACAACCACCUUACGGUAUCCAGGAUAUAUGAACAAUGAUUUGGUUGGUCUACUCGCUUCUUUGAUCCCUACUCCCCGGUGCCACUUUCUAAUGACAGGAUACACACCCCUUACUGUGGAGCGCCAGGCCAAUGUCAUUCGGAAAACAACCGUGCUUGAUGUGAUGAGAAGGCUUCUCCAGACCAAAAAUAUUAUGGUUUCCUCUUGUGCCCGAACCAAGGAAGCCAGCCAAUCUAAGUACAUAUCGAUAUUGAACAUUAUUCAAGGAGAAGUGGAUCCUACUCAGGUUCAUGAAAGUCUACAGAGAAUACGCGAGAGGAAACUUGUCAAUUUUAUUGAAUGGGGUCCUGCUAGCAUACAGGUUGCUUUGUCUAGAAAGUCUCCUUAUGUUCAGACAGCCCACAGGGUUAGUGGUCUCAUGCUAGCCAGUCACACUGGCAUCCGUCACUUAUUCUCCAAGUGUUUAAGCCAGUACGACAAGUUGAGAAAAAGACAAGCUUUCCUGGAUAAUUACAGGAAUCACCCGAUGUUUGCUGACAAUGAUCUUUCUGAAUUCGAUGAAUCACGAGACAUCAUUGAGAGUCUUGUCGACGAGUACAAGGCUUGUGAGUCCCCAGAUUAUAUCAAGUGGGGAAUAGAGGAUCCCGACCAAAUCCUAUCCGGUGAAGGAAGUGCUUCUGGUACAGUGGACCCCAAAUUAUCCUUGUAA